ACUUUCAGAUCAGCACGCCGCGCGCCGCCGUUGAUUUCGUGCCAUGUGAUCACGCGCGAGCGAAGCUCCUAGUUUGAUCCGAGAAAGGCUCCCAGCUCUUCAGCAUUCGUCGUGAAUACUUAUAUUUCCUUCUGCUACAUAUUAUCACCAAUCGAAGUGCCGCGCUAUGAGUGUCUGCCUCCGGCCUACGUGAAUCGCACUGACUUGAACGUUUGAGGGACCUUGGAGGUGAGUUUGUGAGGCGGCACGCGGUUGGAGCACUGCGGGAAGAUGGUGUACGUGGACACCAGCUCGGACUUGCUAUGGAUCCUGGUGGUGGGCUUCAUCCUGGCUUUUUUCCUGGCCUUUGGCGUGGGUGCCAACGACGUGGCCAACUCCUUCGGCACCUCGGUGGGUGCCAAGGUGCUCACUCUUCGCCAGGCCUGCAUCCUGGCCACCAUCUUCGAGAUUCUCGGGGCAAUCCUCAUAGGGUAUAAGGUGUCUGACACUGUUCGGAAAGGGAUCCUGGAUGUGAGCAUGUACGAAAAUGCCACCAAGGAUCUCAUGCUGGGAAACUUGGCUGCACUGGCAGGAAGUGCCAUUUGGAACAUCCUGGCGACGGCCUUCAGCCUGCCCAUCUCGGGCACGCACAGCAUCAUCGGCGCCGUGGUGGGCUUUUCCCUCGUGGCACGCGGCCUGCAGGGCAUCCAUUGGUGGGAGCUGGGCAAGAUCGUCCUCUCCUGGUUCAUCAGCCCUGUCCUCUCGGGCAUCAUCUCAGUUGUGCUCUACCUCCUCAUCCAGUUCCUCAUCCUCAGAAAGGAGAAGCCCUUGGAGCCUGGACUUCGUUCACUGCCAUUUUUCUACGGUUUCACUCUUUUUGUGAAUGUCUUCUCCGUGGUGCAUGAUGGUCCUCAAAUGCUCAAAUUCGACUUGAUUCCUUGGUGGGGAGCGCUGAUUGUGGCCGUAUCUGUUGCCGCCAUCUCAGCCAUUGUCGUCUGGUUCGUCGUCGUUCCACGGCUCAGGAAGACAAUCGAAAGGGAUCUGUACGGCGGAAAUGAUAACGACCGGAUGAGAAUGACAGAAUUGUCAUCUGCCAACAAGGAGACCAAGACUCUUACAUACGCAUUUGCUCCCAGUGUUCCUGUUUCUGAUGAUCCUGCACACAUGGAGAUGGAAGCAACGAAAAAGAACAAUGAAGCGAACAUGAAAAAUGGGUGCCGCAAACCGUCCGUGGAAGUGAUUUCCCCCGGUCGUAUGCACCAUGGUGAUCACCCCCCUCACCAUCACACAAAUAAGAGGCUAUCCCUCAUCAUGCUUGAGGAGGCUGCUCUGUCUGGGCCACCUUGCAAGGACAUCCACGAAGAUGACAAACCAGAGACAGCCAAGCUGUUUUCCUUUCUGCAAGUCCUCACAGCCAUCUUUGGGUCCUUCGCUCACGGCGGUAACGAUGUCAGCAAUGCGAUUGGUCCCUUGGUCGCCCUGUGGAUGAUCUACCAUGAUGGCAAUGUGCUCCAGAACUCCGAGACGCCCAUCUACAUCCUCCUGUACGGAGGUGCGGGCAUCAGCCUGGGGCUCUGGCUCUGGGGCCGCAGGGUGAUCCAAACCCUCGGCGAAGACCUCACCAAGGUCACCCCCUCCAACGGCUUCACCAUAGAGAUUGGGGCCGCGUCCACGGUGCUGCUCGCCUCCAAGGUGGGCAUCCCGAUCAGCACCACCCACUGCAAGGUGGGCUCCAUCGUGUUCGUGGGCUGGGUGCGGUCCCGCAAGGGGGUCGACUGGGGACUCUUCCGCAACAUCAUCCUGGCCUGGGUGCUCACCCUGCCGGUCACCGGGGGCCUCACGGCCGCCAUCACCUCCAUCCUCUACGCCGCCUGCUCGCUAUGAUCCUCGCACUCUCUUCAUAUCCGCGCACACACAGUCCCUCGAGGAGAAAGGCAUCGUGUCGCUCCUUGGUGCAGUGUCCACUCUCCGAGCACUGGGGACUCUAUGGACUCGUUUGGCUCCGUUCGGCGUCUGCCAAAAGAGUGUUUGUAAGUUGUUUACUGCCGUAGCAGCCAUCCUCCUCAAAAACGGUGGCACGUUGAACGACGGGAGUCGUACCUUGGGGUGAGAGCUGGAGGGAGGGAGCCGCUCGUGGAAGUGGUGUCUAUGGGCAGUUCUGUAACCGGGGUAACUUUAUAACGUCGCCGUCAGCACUCUUUUCGUUUGUCGUCUGACGCCGCCACCGCGGUCUUUCAUCCGUUUGCCGCAGCGAGGUAGAGUGGCUUAGAGCGAUAAACCGGCAGCUGAAAGUGACCCCCCCCCGGUCAUUGCCAUGUUGCACAUUUUUGACCACUAGACACUUGACCUUAUAGCUUUACAUCUAGAUUUCAGCAAAGUACCUUGCGCAGAUAAUUGCUUAUUGAUCUUUAAUAACAGUACCAAAGAGAUAAGUUACGUUUCGUUAGUUCCAAAAUGUGCUUUUACAACAAAAACUCUGGCUACUUCACAAUUGCUCCGCUUAAUGCCGUCAGCCGCGGUGCUGUAUUUUGGGUUGUUAUCGGCGAUAACAGUAUGGAAAUAUAGUUUAUCGUGUUUUUUUACAGCGAUAGCAAUACAAAUCUCGGCUCAAUUUUGCAUAAAAGCCUCAGGAUUUGGUACAGUCACGUGUCUAGUGGUCAAAAUUGAACAUGGCGGCAGCCAGGGGGGUGGUCAGUUUUGCCUGGUGAACGGGAUACCAGUUUAUCGCUCUCGAAGCCCCUUUACCUCGGUUUUUCUCAGGGCACGUCUGUUUGCGCGCCUCUGGCUUGCAAACACCGUCGCGGGCGACGGACGUGGUUCCAGAACAUGGCUCCGUAUUUUAGAUUCGGUAUUAAGAGACCAUAGUUUCCGGCAGGGAGAAGCUUUGGUCGUCGCGCCUUCGGCGUGGGCGUCUCCAGCUUCGAUGACGCUUGGGCGUCUCACGAACCUCAAGCGCGCACGGGCGGUCAAAGCGCGGCAAAAGGCUACGAGCUCGCGCGGGACACCGGGCGUUCGAAAGAGACGCACCGCAGUUCUCGCCUUGUCGGCAACCGUGGUGCACAUGGCGCUCGUCUUUUGGCAACGCACGGGCCAGUCGAGGGUCGUGCGUUCCGACAAAAAUACCGACCUGCUGGUUUACCAACUGCAUUCUUUCCCGAGUCGACUCUGAUUCCGCGAGAUCCGCCGCGGCCUGGCACGGCGCUAGUUAGGAGAGUCGGUGCAGUUGGCCGGUGGCACCCUUUUGCAUGCAUCGCAUGUUGGCGUGACAACUCGCCCCGCACAAUGCUCACUUUCGUUAGUCUGUGCAUCCGUGCGUUCUCAUCAAAAGAGAAAGAAAGAAUUACCGGACGCCCGAAAUGACGCGACAGCCCUGCGAGAAGACGAAUAUUUAUCUCAAGCGUGGGCUGCGUUUCUUAUGAAAUGCGAUUCUGCGUUUUUUGAUCGGCAGAUCGAAAUACAGUUGCAAUAUUUUUGUAUACCACCUUGUUUAUAUGUUUAUAGCUAGAGGUUGUGCCAAAUUUUAGGUGUGGUUGCGUAAUCUACUUCACAUUUGAGACGAUGAGUUUCCAGAGAAAACAAACAAUAUAUGGUGAAUUUCCAGUCAUUUACUGCUAACAAUUGGAUCCUAGUCACGUGUGGAGUUCAGUUUGUGCUCGUGGCACUUGGUAAAAAAGGAAAUUUGUCGCAAUAAAUAUCUUGGAACCCGACAUUUUCAGCACAGGGUGGAAACGGGAACGGUAUACCAUAUUUUCCGGUCCAUGUCUGAUCGGCCGAUCAUAAAAAGUUUUCCUUAGAUAGUCCGUACCCAAUGCAUCGUCCGCACUUGGUGCAUCAAAUUUUUAUAUGCAGCACACCUAAAAAAAGCAUCCAAAGAAGCUUGUAUAGUAAAGAAAUCAUUAGCGUACUGAUCUCUCACCGCAAGAUUCGUCACUUCUCAUCAUAAAACAAUCUUGAAAAAACAAAUAAUUGUUUUAGUCUGCACCUGUAGAUAGUGUGCACAGCACAAAAAUUUCAACUUUUAAACGUGUGCAGUCCGGAAGAUAUGGUACCUGAAAACCUGCACUGGAAAUAUGGUAAUUCUCAUGUACUCUGGGAGUGAGCUAGUUUCCUUCAAGGGGGUGUAACUUGUAAAAAGUGCUUGUCAGCUUUUGCGGUUGUUUUGAGGAAUGGAGCAAACUUGCAGAAUGAUGCAAACUAUAUUUUUUGUCAUAUUAUUAUUUUUUGAAAGUGUGUGGUAUGUUUACUCUGGGAGGCAGUCUGAAGUGCCUUAGGGAGUUUUGAAUGUCUUUCUGCAAAAGCUGGUCUGUACAAAGAACUUGUACAAAAAAAAAAGGAUGUUUGGGGUUUUGGAAUUUACUUCGGUGGGACAGUUCUUGUUUGUACAUGUUCAUUGUUGUACAUGUUUUACUUAGGCCUCUAGAUUUUGUCGUGAUGCCAAAGUUCACAAACGAAAAAUGAUUGUAAUUAUAAGGAGAAAGCAUGGCUGCUGAUUCCUUGCAUGUGUCUUUGGUUUGAAGGGACUGGUUUAGUGCGUUUGCUCUCUUCACCUGCAGGGCAUAAUUAGAGUUGUGUUUUGGGGGUACUAGUUCUUUUAGUGACAAAUGGGAAACUUGUGUAAAACUUUAGCAACUGAACCGAUGCCAAAAAUGUAUGUUUAUUUACAAUUGUUUGUGUUAGUAUUUCUUAUGUUUAAACUUGAUCUAUGAUGGGGUUUAUCUAUGCACAAUGUACACUGAUUUCCCUGUAGUUAUGUUCAUGAUGUUUAGGAUUGCGGUAAAACAGUUUAUUGAGCCAACCCUGACUUAUAAAGUACUAUUCUAAUUCUUGCUCUGUGCCAGCUUUCACAUGAGUUUUAUGGUGGGAUCUACUUCAAUUUGUACUUUACAAAGGCAUUUAAAUGUGCAAGUCGCGCCACAAAAAUAGAACUAUUUAAGAUGUGCAUCUUAUUGCCAUGAACCAUAGACCCUCUGUCAAUGCAUAUUUAUUUCUAACACAGAAGGUGCGUGUCUGAAUUCAGCUUUAUGCAUGUGUGUUCUAUUCCGCCUUGAAAGUACAUAAGUUCAUUAACCCUGAUGGUGCUUUCUGUACUGUAAAUCCUGUUAUGGCCUUUUAGUAAUUUUAUUUUUUCUAUUUCGGAAAUUGAUUGUUGUAUCCUGUUUCCCCUCUUCUUUGACCAUGAUUUACGCUUUUAUUUCUUUCUCUGGUGCAAGUUAAAUUUUAUGGGCAACUUUUAUUUAGGAGCUUAUACAGUUGUCAUAUAUGUAUGCUUCUACUGUCACUUGUAUUUUUUUUUUUUAAUCAAGAGGGAGAAAUGGAUUUACCACUUUGUUUUUGCUUGUAUAGUCUUCGAGAGAAUCAUCUCUGCUAUGGUGAAUGUUCAAUUUUUCAUUUUUUUUUAUUUACACACGUGAAUAGAGCGGUCAAUUUCAUUGGUAGCUUCGCUUUCGUGCUUGUACCAGAACGGCAUGAAGCCUAUCGAUUACUGUUCAAACACCAAGUUAUUUCUUUUCUAGUGACUGCAGAUGGAACGCUGGUGCAAUAUUAGCUGCCUCAAACUGAUUGUACCUCUGCUUUGAUUUACUUCUCUCUACUUCUUUGUAUGCUUUGUUGGUAGUUAAAACUCUCAUUGUUUUCACCUUUUGUAAGACUCUUCUGGCAAACGUUUGCCUACUAUAGUCAGAUUAGAAGGUGGUUUUUGUUCACCUAACAGACACAAAAAGGCUGCGUAGAAAUUUUGUGGUAGAUGUUAACAAUUCACCUAGUCCUUAAAAGCAGUGUCCUGCCGGGUCUUUCAAUACAAAGAACCCCACAUCGUACAGAAUUGCAAAGUGCAAGACAAUGAGGCAGUAAUUGUCGGCAUAGACAGCUGUCGUCCUACUCAGAAGAUUGCAGAUGUGUCAAAAUUGUCUGCAGUCCGAAUCUGCUUUAUAUUGUAAAUAUCCUGUAUGAGUCUAAGAACUUUCUGCCUUGUUUUUAUACUGUGUGAUUUAGUGCUCCAACACUUUAGGCAGUAUAUUAUCAGCAGUAUUAGUUUACUGCAAUUAAUCUCUAACAAAGUUUAAUAGGCAUGAUUAGGUCUUCACUUUUUUUAUUGGCGCUCUUCCUACAUGACAAAACAGGUUGGGCAAACCCUGUCUACAAAUCUUUCGCACUGCAGACGGAAAAAAUAAACUUACUGUGUUUGUCAAAAAAAAUUUUUUUUUUUUUUUUUUUUUUUUGAAAUUUUGGUUUAAGUUAGUGUGGGAAGGAGCAAAUAUUCCAAGCUAUGCUAAAUUUCUUGUUUCCCUCUUUCGAGGCUCUCACACUGCAUCUUAGCUGUGCAAUGCUUUUCUUCUCAAGGUUGAAUUACUGAAGUUUGGCCACACUGAGAGCUGCAGAAAGUUUCUUUCCAGUCCUUGAAAUUGUAACUGAAACCGUUCAAUGUUUUGUUUGUUCACAUAUGUAUUAUGAUGACCCCACAUGGUGUAAUUCUCAGGCAUGAAAGUCUGGUUUGUGUAAAUAGAAUAAAUAUUCUUAAUCUCUG